AUGGAGGACAUAGCUGAAUGGUUGGACAAACCACCAGAAAAGCCAAGCAGGGCCGAAGAGCCUGUGGAAGAUGCUAUCACUUUACAAUCAGAUGGACUGAGUCUACAGACACCACUGACUAUCUCGGACGAGUCUAGCGAGGCGGAAGAUGUUUUGCACGACAAUGGGUACGCGCUUCAGAAAGACUCGAGCAACGAUGCCUUCGUGGAACAGUCAGUCUCGCACCAAGAAAUUGGGAGUGAUGAUGAUUUGUCCGUCAGCCCAUUUCAAAGGCCCUUCUAUAUCCACGUCCCCAAGUUGUCAGAAGAGGAGAAGAAAACGUACGACUACCUGCCAGGUCAUUUCGUUGUCGAGAAGGUACUCUCUGAGCAUGGAAAAAACACCUAUGUUGUUAGGCUUGAGAGUGGUGAGGAGAGUAUUGUCUCUGCACGGGAACUUCGAGGCCUUGACAACGGCUCCGAUGCAUUGGUGGAGUUUGAAGCCAGCAUUGCCUCAGGCAGAAGCAGACGCGCUCCACGGGAAAACUCGGUCAUGGUAAACUGGACGGAAAUAGCUCUAUCAGAGUCGGAAGAGGAACCAGACUCUAAGAGACGUCGUAAACGAGUAGACGACAGUGAGGCCUCUGCAGGAGAUGAGGCAAGGGGUCUGGUGGAGGCGGACAACGAGAGUUUCUCAGAUGAAGGUCACGGGGAGCACAGACGCUCAGCAAGACUCAGCAAACUACGAAAGUCAACAUAUUCAGAACAAGAACUCUUCGACCUUGAAUACAGUUCUGACGCCCAUCCAGCAAAGAAGCACGGAAGACCACAGCGGUCCACGAGAUGGUCUACGCGAGGGAUUGCGCGUCCGGUGCGCCGCCGGAGGUUCAUACACGACUCGUCUUCGGAAGAGGAGUUGUUUACAAAGGCACGGCGAUCCGAGCGAACAAAGUCCAGGCCGAAACGCAGCAUGCGAGAGCGUCAAGAGGAUGAGAUCUCAAGCUAUGAGGAAGAGAAGGCAGGCCCGAAGGUUGUCAGCACGAAGGAGCACUUCAGCCGGAUUCCCGAAAAUGAUCCUUUUAGGAGAAGACAUCGGCAAGAGUGUGACACUUGCUACUUCAAGGGAGACGAUAAUGUCAAAGGGCCCUUGAUAUUCUGUCAGGGUUGCACGAACUCGUACCACAAAGUCUGCCUUGGGUUCCGUGGCACCAGAGAUCAUCUGGUCACAAAAGUUGGCGAGGGUCUGUUCGUCCUGCAAUGUAGGCGUUGCAUAGGACUUGCCCACGAAAAGGAUAAAUUGGCACCUCAUCAGGGAUGUUGCUCGGGCUGCCAUGAGCUAGGGGAACUAUCGAAACCGUUGCGUGGUCGUUUGACCACUCGUCAAGAGCAAUUGCAGAGAGAAGAGAAUGGAGGAAAAGACCCGAUCACCAUUGUCGAAUCUAAACUACUCAACAAUGUGGGCAACGUGAUGUUCAGAUGCUCGCAAUGUGCACGUGCGUGGCAUAUGCAUCAUCUUCCCGCGCGCAAGACAGCACAUUCCCUUACCGAGGACGACGAGGAAGAGGAUACGGUAGACGAAACGCAACUGGCCCAGAAACGCUUCGAACACUACCACCGGUCAUGGAUUUGCAAAGACUGCGUGGAGAAUCAACAACAAAUUGACACUCUUGUGGCAUGGCGGCCUGUUGAUCUUGACAACUACGUAUCAGGAACUACUGUGAUCGAGAUACCGGAAGACGACAAGGAGUACCUGAUUAAAUGGAAAACAAAAUCUUAUUUUCGGACCACAUGGAUGGCAGCAACCUGGGUCUGGGGUAUCGCCACAGUACCUAUGCGCAUGGCUUUCUGCAAAAAACCGGAGAAUCAGCUGCCAAAAAUGACUACCGCUGAUGCGAUUCCGGAGGACGUUUUCCGAGUCGAUAUCGUUUUCGACGUGCGCUACUCGAGCGUUGUACGCAACAGUACCAAGGAGAUAGACCUCGCGCGCGUCAAAGAGGUUGACUUGGCAUUUGUCAAAUAUAAGGGCCUUGGCUACGAAGACGCUAUUUGGGAGAAGCCGCCUGCAUACGCAGACACCGAGCGAUGGUCCGAUUUCGAAGUGGCGUACGAAGAUUAUGUGAUGAAGUUGCACAUGUCGAUACCUCCUCAAACAACGUUGAGGCGCCAUCUGACGCACAUCCGAACGUUGGACUUUGAGACUAAUCUUAUCAAAAAGAAGCAACCAUCUAUCGUAACCGGAGGAGAAUUGAUGCGGUACCAGUUGGAAGGUCUGAACUGGCUUCUCUAUCAAUGGUUAACAAAUCAAAAUGCCAUUCUGGCGGAUGAAAUGGGGCUGGGCAAGACCAUUCAGCUCGUGGCUUUCUUUGCUGCCCUGGUCCAGGAUCAUAAAUGCUGGCCUUUUCUUGUGGUAGUUCCCAACUCCACGUGCCCCAAUUGGCGACGCGAGAUCAAAAAGUGGGCGCCGUCUCUCAGAGUUGUCACAUACUACGGAUCUUCUGUGGCCAGGAAGCUGACGCACGACUAUGAAUUAUUCCCCAAGGAUAAGGAGGAAGACUCCCAUGGACCACCGAAGAAGAGAUCCGGCGAGGUCAAAGACAUCAAAGCGCAUAUCGUGGUCGCUUCCUACGAGUCGAUUGCUGAGGAGAAAACUCGGAAAAGUUUGAUGAGGGUUCCCUGGCAAGCCCUUGUCGUCGACGAAGGACAGCGAUUGAAGAGUGACCGGACACAAAUCUACGGGGUCCUGUCAAAAUUUCGCUUCCCGUUUAAAGUGCUGUUGACGGGCACACCCCUUCAGAACAAUGCUCGGGAGCUCUUCAAUCUUUUGCAGUUCCUCGACAAGAGCAUCAGUGCCGCCGAUCUUGAAGUCAAGUAUGCCGACCUCACUCAGGACAACGUUCCUGAACUGCACGCUACGCUCCGAAAAUUCUUUCUCCGACGCACCAAGGCACAGGUGUUGACAUUCCUCCCUCCGAUGGCCCAGAUCAUUGUGCCGGUCACCAUGUCAACCGUCCAGAAAAAGGUCUACAAGUCCGUUUUGGCCAAGAACCCAGAGCUGAUGAAGUCCAUUUUCGUCCGUGACAGCAACAUCCCACAGAAGGAUAGAUACAAUCUGAACAACAUCCUGAUGCAGCUGCGCAAAUGCCUGUGUCACCCCUUUGUCUACAGCCGUGAGAUUGAGGAAAGAGCCGUUGAUGGUGUGGUGUUGUACCGCAAUUUGGUCGAUGCGUCCUCCAAGUUGCAGCUGCUCUCCAUUAUGCUUCCCAAGCUUCAAGAACGCGGACACCGAGUGCUCAUGUUCUCACAGUUUCUGGACAACCUGGAUAUUCUGGAAGAUUUCCUUGACGGGCUCGGGUUGCAACACCGCCGGCUUGACGGACAAAUUUCUGCGGCAGAGAAACAAAAGCGGAUUGACGAGUUCAAUGCACCAAACUCGCCUUACUUUGCCUUUCUGCUAUCAACGCGAGCAGGUGGGGUGGGAAUCAAUCUCGCCAGUGCCGACACGGUCAUCAUUCUCGAUCCAGAUUUCAACCCGCACCAGGACAUCCAAGCACUUUCCCGAGCGCACCGCAUUGGUCAAAAGGAGAAAGUGCUAGUCUUCCAACUCAUGACUCGAGACAGCGUGGAAGAGAAGAUUAUACAGAUCGGUCGAAAGAAGAUGUUGCUGGACCAUGUGUUGAUCGAGCGCAUGGACAAGGAUGACGAUGCAGGGGAGGAUUUGGAGUCGAUCCUUCGGCACGGUGCCGAAGCCCUGUUCCAAGACGACAGUGGUGCCGACGAUAUUAUCUACGACUCGGCGUCCAUCGAUCGUCUCCUUGAUCGGACGCAGAUCGAAAACACCAAGAUCGACAAGGAGAAGUCUGCCGAGUCGCAGUUCAGCUUCGCGCGAAUCUGGGCAAAUGACAAAUCUUCACUGGAAGAGGAUUUGCCGGACCGGACAGGUCAGAAUACCCCCAACACAGGGAUCUGGGACAAGAUAUUGCAGGAGCGUGAGCGACAGUUUGCCGAGGAGCAAGCCAGGAAAGCUCAGGCGUUUGGUCGAGGCAAGCGAAAGCGACAGAAUGUCGACUACGGUCUCGGCGAGGGCGAGAAGGAGGAACCCGCCUCGACGAAGGCCAAACGUGGCGUCCAGGCGGCCGACUCUGACUUCGAAAUCCCAGAGGAACAGUCCGAGGAUGAACAGGUCACGGAGACGGAAGCGGAAGCGGGGUCCCAGUCACGACGUAAAGUUCAAGUCCGGCCCUUCCGACGGGUACGAGUUCCCCUGGGACCUGCACCGCAUUUCAAUGGAGACGAAGCAUUUGACUAUGGACCGGUCCAACAGAUGCCGGCGGUGCACCAUUGCUCUGCGUGCAAUGAGCAGCACCCUAUGGGUUGGUGUCGGUUCAAAUUGGCGGGCGUUGAAUACUGCGGGCUAUGUGGGAUUGCCCACCUGGGGUAUUCGCGGACGUGUCCGCAUCUGAACAAUGAGACUCAGGUCAUGACCUUGCUGCAGACGCUCAAGGAGAGUAUCGAAAGUCGUGACAUCGUCGAUGAAGCCACGCGAUACCUGCGCACAGUGAGAGGGGAUCUAGCGAAGAGCAAACGGGCUCGAGAACGCAAAGAACAAGAGAGUCAAGGGCAACAAUAUCCGCCAGCGCAGCGAUAUCCUCCUGCCCAACAGCAGCAGCAACCGCCACAGAACGCUAGACAACAAACAUGA